GGCCGCAGCCACAGUGAAGUUUGUCAACAAAUCCUAUGGAACCAAAUCGCGCGAGAGUGCGCAACUGAAGCGCAUAGUGGCGACGAGACUAGCGUUGUGGAGUUGUGUUGGAGAAGAAGGAGGAAGGCAGAGAACACAAGUCGAAAAGCGGGAUAAAACCAUUUUAAUCAAGAGAAAGUACCGGUUUUGUCAUGGCAUCGGGGGACACUCUGUACAUAGAGGCGGACGGGUCCGAAAUGCCAUCCGAAAUAGUGGAACUUCACGAAAUCGAAGUGGAGACUAUCGAGACAACAGUUGUCGGAGACGACGAUGAACACCAGCCUAUGAUCGCUCUGCAGCCUCUUGACACGGACGACCACCACUCGAUUCACCAUCACCAUCACCAUCAGGGGGUGAUCCUGGUGCAGACCAGGGAGGAGGUGGUGGGUGAGGAGGACUCUGAACUACACACCGAUGACGGGUACGAGGACCAGAUCCUGAUCCCCGUCCCGGUGCCCGCGGCGGAGCGGGACUACAUUGAACAGACUCUGGUUACAGUGGCCGGGAAAAGCUCGUCGGUGGGUCGCAACAAAAAGGGGGGAAGUGGCAAGAAAGCGGGAAAGAAGAGCUAUCUGAGCGGCGCGGAGAUGGGCCGCAAGUGGGAGCAGAAGCAAGUCCAGAUAAAGACUUUAGAAGGAGAGUUUUCGGUGACGAUGUGGGCAUCGGAUGACAAGAAGGACAUCGACCAUGAGGAGGAAAUCAUUGGGGAGAACUCGCCGCCGGACUACUCCGAAUACAUGACAGGCAAGAAGCUGCCGCCGGGCGGCAUCCCGGGCAUCGACCUGUCGGACCCGAAGCAGCUGGCCGAGUUCGCAAGAAUGAAGCCAAGAAAAGUAAAAGAAGACGAUUCUCCUCGAACGAUAGCGUGUCCGCACAAAGGAUGCAGUAAGAUGUUCAGGGACAACUCUGCCAUGAGGAAGCACCUGCACACCCAUGGGCCACGGGUGCACGUUUGCGCGGAGUGCGGCAAGGCCUUCGUGGAGAGCUCCAAGCUGAAGAGACACCAGCUGGUUCACACGGGGGAGAAGCCCUUUCAGUGCACGUUUGAGGGCUGUGGAAAGCGGUUCUCCCUGGACUUUAACUUGCGCACACACGUGCGCAUUCACACUGGAGACCGGCCAUACGUCUGUCCCUUCGACGGCUGCAACAAGAAGUUUGCCCAGUCGACGAACCUCAAGUCGCACAUCCUCACACACGCCAAAGCAAAGAACAACCAGUGAGUGGGCGUGGCCCAGCGACCUGCAGCGGGAGGACGGCAAAUCGCUGGCUCCGCUCCUCUGCGGAGGACAAUCGUCUGUGAACUACUUUGUCGCAGGACAUGAAGCCCCCUUUGUAUUCUUUCUAGAAAAGCAAAUGUUUUAAAACUAAAAAGACCUUUCGGAGAAAAAAACGAAACAUUUUUGAUACGAGUACAAGAAACUCUGGAACACUCGCUCCCCGCUUCCUUCCUGGCGUGUUUCGGGGUACGGCAAGGCAACGUUUCUUCAAGCCUAAAGUUUCUUCAAAUGAAGACGAUAAUUCAUGGAUAUGUCCCUUGAGAUUUUAUUUAUACAUGUUCCCAUCUCCAUCUCAUGAAUCAUUAACACACAAAAAGCCCCGGUAAUGGUCAUCAAUUCAAAUAAAUCCUGGAAUUUGUAUUCACGUUAAGUGUGCAUAUUGUACACUUUUUCUUUAGCACAAGCUUUGCGAUAACAUCUUUUUUAAAUAGCUCUUGUUGGGAGAUUUGACCUUAUUGUUGCCCUCCAAUCUGGACAGGAGGUCAGAGAGGUUUUUCAUAGGUUUUCUUUUUGUAUGUUUGUCUCGAUGCGUCAGAAUCAUUUAGAUGAUAGCAAUGUUAUUUCAAUAGUGAGGCGUGAUUAAAACAUUGUUUCCCUUGCACUACCAGAUAGAAAAGUGUCACGUCUGUCCUUGCAUACUUUAACCCUUCAGAAACUCUUAACUGUCAUAGAUUGUAACAAUUUAUUUUUCUUGCCAUUUUAACUUCAAUCAUUUGAAUUUUGUCUCUUCUGCAGAGUACAAUUUUUAAGUGGAUCUCAAAGCUGUUACAGUAAAGAUGAGCCUUCUAACUUA